AGUCCCCGUAGAAGUCAAUAUCUCCAAUGAAGAACAAAUAUAGGAAAGAUUCCGUUUCUCACGCUAUUUACCUCGAUUCCAUAAAAUCUUUAGCUCCGGUGUAUGCUUGUGAUCGAUAGACCUAAUAAUGUUAUCACCACGUGUUUUAGGAAUUACUUUUUUAUAUUUUCUUACUAAAGCGGCAGUUAUUUGUCUGGAUCGUAGUUGAAUAUAGUCGUAGCUUUUAUAAAAUAUUAAAAGUUCUGGAUCUACUGAUAACUCUUUAUUUGUGGGAAGUAAUUUAUUUAACACAGCUUUUAUAUGUAAACAUAUAGUGCUUCAGAAAAUGGAGGUAUCAAAAUCGGAGCAUAAUCUAAAAUUACAUUUAAAAAUAAUUUAUACAUUUUUAGUUAUAAAUAUAAGUUUAUGUACUUUUUGUUUAUAUUUGUUGUUUAGCAGACAGACAGAAAUUAGCGAACAUAGUGAAAUAAAAACAGUUUCUGAUGGAAAAUAUAAUAUCACUGCUGAACUUUUACAACGAGAAAAACGUGGUACGCAUAGUUCUUUUCCAAAAUUGAGUUAUGGCUUUUUACAACAAUGUGCAGCCUUGUCAAAUACAUGCAAAAAACAAACAGCAACCUAUAAUCAACAAGAUAAUUACUAUGCAAGAUCAAAAAGAAUUGUAGAUCAGACAGGACCUCCAGGCCCACCAGGUCCACCGGGACCAGAAGGACAACAAGGUGAAAAAGGAUCAAAAGGUGACACAGGUCCUAGAGGACAUCAAGGAUUACUCGGGUUUCCUGGAUAUAAAGGAGACAGAGGUUUGAAAGGUGAUCAUGGUAAGAAAGGGGAGAUAGGACCAGUCGGUCCAGGUGGUCUGAGAGGAGCCAGUGGACCACCAGGCGCCCCUGGACCAGCAGGAAUCGAAGGUCCUCCUGGAAAAAGAGGACGAAAAGGAAUUAAUGGAUUACCUGGGCCACAAGGACCACCAGGUUUAAGGGGAACACAGGGUUAUACAGGUCCUAAAGGUGAAAAGGGAGAAACUGGUGGACAUGGUUUCUCAGGUGGAAACUGUACUUGCGGUAGAGGGCAGAAGGGAGAAAAAGGACCACGAGGACAAUUAGGAUAUACAGGAUUUAAAGGCGAUAAAGGUGAUGCUGGAUUGAAAGGGGAACCAGGAAAUGGAUACGUGGGUUAUACUGGUACAAAUGGUCUUAUAGGACCGAGAGGUUAUAAAGGUGACAAGGGAGACAAAGGCGACUCAGUAGUUAUUUCCUCCGAAGAUAAUGGAAGUUUAGUAAGAAACAGGAAAUUUCUCCCAGAGGCAAACACUGGCGAUAGAAAAGUUCCAUUAUCGCAGUACAAAGAUGCAACAAACAAAAGUAAAGGCAAAGGUUUAGCAUCACAUGCUAUUGGAUCUAUUUCCUUAAUAGCUUUUGUACAAGUUUUACUUUUAUUCAUUGGAUAUAGAUGACAGAGCUUGUAUUGAAUAGUAUUAUGGACAGAAAAGAUAACAUAUUGAGAUUUAAAGUAUUGAUUACAUAAACAUAUCGGAAAAAAAUAUUCGACACAUUUUAUAUUAGAAAAUAGAGCCGUAUUGCUUAAACCAGAGACAUGAAAUAUCAUCUCAUGAAUGAAUAAAAAGGAUUGUAAUAACUUUACGUUAGAGACAUAUUGAUACUUUUAGGAUAAUCUAACAGACACAUUUUCUGAUAUAUCAAAUAGUUAUGCCGUUGUCUGAAUAAUAAAACUGUCUGCUGCUGCUAAUAUUGAAAACGUAGAAAAGAUAUAAAAGGAACGUCGCCAGGAACAAAUUAUCAUUACGGGAAGGGAUUCCAAAGCGAGCUUUAUUGUUUCUGGUUUGUCUGUUCAUUCAAAUUAUUUUUUAAUGCCAGGAUCUUUAUAUUGUGACUAUGUUUAUAAAUACCAUUGAACGAUAUAAUAUAGUAAAAAACUGUACACCCUUAAGACCAUAUCGGGACUAACCAAAAAAGUUAGAUAAACAAACAGUUUACAAGACCGAAGUAUUCGGCAUUGCAGUUAACGACUUUGUUUGAAAAGAGCGUGAAAGAUUUGUGAUAUAAAUGCAUUUAUUUUAUAAAUUGUAUAUAGAGAUUAUAGUUUGAGCUUUUUGUUUAAUUUCAUUUUUAGAAAAUUGUUUGAAUAAAGCCAAUAAAUUAAAAUGAA